UCUUAUAUGGAAGGUCAACACUCUCGACACUCUUCUUGGUUAUUGAUUUUGCAGGGACACUUGUACUUUACACAAACUCAAGGCUCAGUGGAACAACGUUUGAAGAAUUACACAACAGCUGUAUAUGAAGCUUUACAAUGGGCACAAGUAGAAGGAGAUGAAAUAAUGAUCGAGUCACUUUCCUAUGCUUGGCAAGUUUGGAAACUGUUGGAGACCGUGUUGUGUGUUUCUGAAACGGACAAGGGACUUCUCAAAAGACUACAAAGUUGGUUGUGGAUAACUCAAAAUGACUUGUUACAAAGUGUAGAAAAUUGUCAGUUGGCAAUAGAAGAAAACGAUGAAGAAACUUUAUGGAAAAUGGUAUAUCGAUUGGCAGCUAUCGGUGAUUACACCAGAGCAAUCGAUUUGAUCUAUCAAUGGCAAGGAUAUGACGAACAUAAAGUAGCUCGUUUAUUUUUAAAUGACUCGACGAUGGACCUUAUGGAAAUAUCUCCGUUAUUGAUUGCAGCUGCAGCAUUAUUUGAAGCUCCCGAUUGGGAUGAUUCAAGACAAGAAGAUUGGAAACAAUGGCAAGGCAAAAUACAUCAUCUCAUGAAAAUGAGACCCAUUCAAGACUCAUUAUAUACAUUAUUAGAGAUAUUGAUUGGAAAAGAUAUCCAAGUUGUAGCAAAUGUGGUAGUGAAUUGGCAUGAAAUGUUAUUAGCAGUUGUUAUUUAUGUGUUUUCACCUUUUGAAGAAUAUGGCAAGUUGUUUCUAUAUCUAAUCAUUUUAUUCUAUGCUCACUUUCUUUUGUUAUGCAUAUAUAUAUAUAUAUAUAUAUAUAUAGCAUGGGAAAGAAUUAUUCCUAUCGUCAACCAAUAUUAUACAUUACCAACCCAAUUGCAUUCGUUGAUUGCCAUAUUAAAAGGCAAUUAUACCGAAUUGAUUGCAGAUGUUGUACAUUUGAAAAGUUUUUGGCACGCCGCUCAUCUUUCAGAUUUAUUAAGUCAAUGGAAAGACCCUGAAAUUGUUGUAUAUGAUAAGGAAGAUAUUCGAAAGUAUUAUAUAUUGGAAUAUGUUGGUAGUUUGCCUAUUCAUCACGUUGGUAUAUUAUCUAUCAUAAGAGAUUAUUGUCGAGCGUGUGGACUAGAAGGUUGGAGUUGGUUUGAACAAAGAGUGGUGUAUUCAUUGCCUUUGGAUAGUUGUGAUUGGGAUACGUUGGAAGAUGGCUUAUUGGAUGAUUAUCCCAACGAUGGUCAGCAGUUUCAGAUUGCUCGCUUACAGAGUUUAGUGGACCAUAUACGAAUGAACAGGCAAAGUCGCUAUUUCGAUUCCUUGUAUGGCUAUUGUCGACUCGGUAGAAUAGAUAAGAUUCAACAAUAUUUAGAUAAUCCAAUAGAUAUGGAAAAAGCCAUGGAAGAACAGAGUAGGAACCAAGUGGUCCAUAUUUUGCAAUCGAUAUUUUAUUUGAUGAAAGCUUCCAAUGCUUCCUUGUUGGAUACCGAGUUUUCUUAUUUCAUCCAAUGGCUACAAUUGGCACAAUGUGUGCAACACAAUGAUAUACAACAUGCUAUAGAGUACUUUGCUUCUAUGAUUGCAUGUUGUGCAAUGGGCACCAAACAUAUUCGCAUGGUUGCAUACGGUUGGCAAAUGAUUCAAUGGAUUUUCAACAAAGACAGUCGUGUUGAAAUAUCUUGGAAUCAUUGGAUGGAUAUCUUUGCUGGUUUGCAAAAUAUGAAAACAUCGCUUGGUUAUCAGAAUAUUUCAGCAAAGGAAGAAGAAUGUUGGACAUCUAUAGAAAAGCAACUACUCCAAUGGUUUACCAUGAGUCAAUAAGGCAAGACACUUGUCCGUUAAAUAACUGGAAGUAGUUACCAAACAACGACGUAAAAUAUGUCGAUAUUCAAGACAAAUCGACAAAUGUUGUUGACAAAGAUCGUAGAGUAAUUUGAUCCAUUUAGGAGAAAGUUCGACAAAAGGUGCGUUAGCUUCCAAUCUUCCAAUGAGAAUGAAAAUGAUGUUGGAGUCGUUCACUUGAAAAAGCCAUUGUUCUAAUAAAACCAAAAUGGACUCAUUCCAAGGUUGGAUAUUUUUUGUCAACCAAUGUUUCAUGGUAUCUUGGAUAAGAUAGGAAGAAAAAGCAUUUUGUGUCA